CUGCUUCCUCCCGGGGCUAUAAAAGGGGUGAGGCUGGCUGCCACCUGGGUCACUGUUCCCGGUCACAGCACUUGCCAGCCUCGUGGGCACCUCGGCUGCGCCCUCCCGUGUGGGAUCCCAGCUCGAGCGGCCUCUCAAGGAGCCAGAGGGAUGAAGGCGCCGGGGGCCUGGCUCCUGUGCCUGCUGCUGCUGGGCCUGGCCCACCAGCGCUCCAUGGAGCUCCGCACCCCUGACAUCAAUCCUGCCUGGUACACGGGCCGUGGAAUCCGGCCUGUGGGCCGCUUUGGCCGGAGGAGAGCAGCCCUGGGGGAUGGACCAAAGCCUGGCCUCCGGCGCCCGCCCGCCUGCUUCCCCCUGGCAGGAGGCGCUGAGCCCUCCCAGGGUGGCUGACAGCUCAGCUCCUCCAGGAACAACCCCAGGAGCCU